AUGGAUCGUCUGCCCGUGCAGCGCAAGUCUGCAGGUCCAUCACGGACGAGAAUGCGCAUGAGCGUCUACUCCGACUUGUCAUCUGCCACCUCGCCCACGAAACAAACUGAGGCUCGCAAAUCAGCAACAUCCACUCUGUCCGAGCGCAAGAGGCCCACAACGGCCUCCUUCAACGGACUGACAACUCCAGGGCAGCCAUAUGGCAGAGUGAAGCAGAGUUUGCUGUUCUCUGGCUUGACCGCAGAACAACAAGACGCCUACCGCACUCCUGCUAGUUCAUCCAAGCCCUCGCAAUCCGGUACAGGCAGACGAGCACCUUCAAAGUACGGCGAUGAGAACGCUGAUCCGUUCGGAUCGAUCUCAAAGCCUUUGAUGCGGGCUAAAUCGAAGAAAGAUGCCGGCUCUGUGAAGGGCAAGGGAAAGUCUCUGCCGGUUCAGUCUGGUCUGAUGGAGACGCCUGUGAACACGGCGCAUCAGAAUGUUCUUGCUACGACGUAUGCAGACGACUCCCCGGUGGCCAUGCAGGAGAAGCCGAGAGGACUCAAAGUAUAUGCAACGGCACAAGGCAGCGCGAUCAAAGUCACGACUCGCCCUGCUCCUCUUCGUAGCGUGCAUGACGAUUCACGACAUAGCGCGUCUAGCUCGCGAUAUUGCCAUCCCGAGGUCGAUGCUUGGAGUACCCCGGCAGAUCGCCGAGCGAGGGAAUUGACGGAGUCGCCUCUUGCCAAUGUAACAGAGGCUUUCACGGGCGCGCAAGGAUGGUCAGCUUCCCCAGUAUGCUAUGGUCGCCACGAAGCUCCGAACUCGGUAUCAAAGGCAAAACGCAAAGCUCAAAAGGCACCGUCCGCAUUAGCAGUCUACUCUGGGCCAGAACCAGAUCUGGCGAGGCUCAGUAUGACAGAUCUAUACGAUCGAUCCGACGCAGACUCGGAAGGUGACGUCUCUCGCGCGUUCUCGGAUGCCGCAAACGAAGAUGAUCCGGACCCGACGAUCAAAGUCUCUCAAUCCGGCUACUUAUAG